AUGCCCUACCCAUAUGCCCUGCAGUGUCGGGAAAGCGCCUCAAAGGAUGUAGUGGUGAAGUAUGAUGUUGGGAUAAUGGCCGAUGGGACGGUCACCCGUGAACUCUCGGAGUGUGGAAAACACGCGAAGGGAAAUAUUUUUCUCGCUGCCUGCGAUGGAGAUGUGCCGGCCAUUCGAAUGUUUCUCAACGCCGGUGUGGAUAUUAAUAGCAUGGGCCAACCGGAUCCCCCGUAUGGUCCUUCCUUUGACCGGCGCACACUCUUUAGAGCCCCGCCGCUCUGCUUCGCCGCCGGCUACGGGCGAGAGAAGGCGGUCGCGGCCCUAUUGGAGGAGGGGGCGGAUGUGUUGAAGAGAUCCUCCACGGGAAUUAAACCAGUGGAGUAUGCGAGGCACCGCAGCUACACAGCCAUUGUAGAAAUGUUAGAGGCAGCAGAAGAGCGACAACGAGCUGCGCAAAAGGGGAAUAAACAGCAGGAACAGUCUUAG